AUGUCCACUUCACAAUAUUUUGGCCCGAAGUGUGCAAAAGACAAAUCCAGUCCAUAUUUUCCAUCAUCAGUAGGACGUUUCAACUGCGAAAUCAACAACAUCGAAUCUUUCUAUUGCAAAAACUGCAACAUCGGAACACAACUGACGAUUUUUUUCAAGCGUCACCUAGCAGACCACGCUCUCAAAAACCAAAAUUCGCCCUACAUCAUACGAAAAUACAUUUGUGGCAAAUGCAGCUUCGAAACCCACUUUUCAAUGAAGUGGUUCCAACACACUCGAACGUGUCGAGGAAAAAAGGAAAAUCCCCAAACAUCAAAAAAAUCCGUCUUAAAAACUUUCACUUGGAGCAUUUGUGACCAGUGCGGGCGCAAAUACAAGUUCAAAUACAGCUUAGAAAUGCACAAAAUAUCAAAACAUUUAAAAGACGACGAAAUCUCGUGGUUCAGUUGUACGAAAUGCUCCUACAAAGCCAAACUAAAGUGCCACUUACACCGCCAUAUAAAGCGCCAGCAUUUAAACGAACAAGCCUGCCAACUGUAUUUGUGUGACAAGUGCCCAUACACAACCAAAUAUAAAGCAACUUUGAAAACACACUCCACCAAGCACCACUCGGACGAAAGCAAUAUUAAACGCUACCCCCGUCACGUGAUACAAGUGCGAGAUGUGUGCAUACAAAGGUAA